AUGCUGUCGCUCCUUGCUGCCUUCUCACUUCCGCUCCUUGUCGCCGCUGGACCCGCGCCAGCGCGCCGCGAGACGACCAAGCUAACCCAGGAUGAGAUCGACGGGUUCACCCCGUUCGCGCAGUAUGCACUUUCGGCCUAUUGCCACGAUGGUAUCGAUACCUGGGCUUGCGGAGCGUCCUGCGAGGCCAACAGCGACUUCGAGCUCUCUGUCACCGGCGGUGACGGCAGCGAGGUUCAGUACUACUACAUCGGCUUCUCGCCCUCGCUCAAUUCGAUCAUCGUCGCCCACGAGGGCACUAAUCCAACGAAGUUGGAGGCCGACCUCACCGACGUGAACCUCGUCCAAGACUCCGUCAACGCGACGCUCUUCCCCGACAUCGACUCCGCGGCGCAGGUGCACACCGGCUUCCGCGACGUGCAAGCCGCCACCGCGGACGCCGUCCUCGCGGCCGUGCGUGACCUCCUAUCCUCGAAGGACACGAAGACUAUCACGACUGUUGGCCACUCGCUCGGCGGCGCGCUCGCGGAGCUGGACUCAGUCUUCCUCAAGCUGAACAACCCCGACGCGACCGUCAAUGUUGUCACCUUUGGCAAGCCGCGCGUGGGCAAUGCGGCGUGGGCAGAGGUCGUGGACUCGACGGUCGACUCCUUUAAGCGCGUCGACAACAAGCACGACCUGAUUCCCAUCCUUCCCGGGCGUGGACUCGGUUCGGCGCACCCCGAGGGCGAGAUCCACAUCGUCGACGAUGCCACCUGGGUGAAGUGCCCUGACAACGACGAUGCCGACGAUGAAGACUGCACGAUUAAGACCGUGCCUAAUGUAUUCGACGGCGACAUUGGUGACCAUGUAAGCUCAUGUUCCUCCUCCCUGUAA